UGCAAACUUUGCUGGUGACGGUUAGGGUCGGGAGGUUUUCGCGCGAAAACCGGUUGCAGAUGUUGGCGGUCUGAAAGUCUGAACAGAGAAGAAGAAGGUCUGCUCUGCAGCUGAACUGGAGCACAGCACUUGACGUGGUAUUAAAGACGAACAAUUUGUGCUGAAAUGGAAAACUUUGGAGACAUCCAAGUGAAAGAGCUGAACAAGCGUGCGUGCGGUCAGGCAUUUGAGGUCAUCCUGAGCCCCUCAACUCCAGAGGCCAAAUGCGUUCCAUUGUCUCCUCUCAAGAAAAAGACAACAUCACUGGAGGAGAUUAAGAGGAAACUGGAAGCUGCAGAAGAUAGACGCAAGAGCUAUGAGGCUGAUGUUCUGAAACAGCUAGCUGAGAAACGAGAGCACGGGAAAGAAGUCGUCCAGAAGGCCCUAGAAGAAGACUGCAACUUACGCAAGGUAGCACAGGAGAAACUCACUCAAAAGAUGGAGGCAAACAAGGAGAACCGCACUGCCAGGAUGGCGGCUCUCAAUGAGAAAUUCAAGGAGAAGGACAAGAAGCUCGAGGAAGUGAGGAAGAACAAAGAGGCAAUGAAAGAGGGCGAGAAUUAAUUUGUUUAUGAUCUGGAAACGGUCUUUACAUCUCCAAAUAAGCUUUAUUUUGUAUAAAAUCACACUCCCCUUAUAUCAUUUGUUGUGCUAGUUCUGAUAAUGCUGUUCAAAAGGUACUCACUGUUAGUUUUGGUGUGGAUAUAGUCCGAUAUGUGUUUUUGGCAGCUAAUUUGGUCGUUUUUGUGUUACACACUAUAUUUUUUCAAGUCAUUGCAAUAAGUUGGUCCUUAUACUGUUAAAAUGCAUCAUAUAAUAGUGUUCUUGCACUGUUAAUAAUGUUUCAUGUUUGAAUAUAGGCUACUGUACUAGACCAAGGUUCAACCAUUAAAGUCUAUAUCCCCAAAUGAA